GCUUAUUAACUAUACUCGUCUUUAUGCUGAACAUUGUGAAGCGUUUCUUACACAAAUUGCCAAACAUCCAGGUGAUGGAUUUGGAGAUCUACGUGGACUAGAAAUGCUUCAAAUUGUUAAUGAAUAUCAUGAUUAUAAUCUAGUUGAAAUUGGUUUUAAUGUUUGGUAUCGUUUAUCAGAAUAUCUUUACCAGUGUGAUGAACCUGAUUUUGAUGAACUCAGAAUAGCUUUUAAACCUUUUGUUGAAAAGUUUGGAAUUAAAUUUAAAUUUUUAAAUUUAAUUUUAAGGCAUAUUUUGUCACUUUGUCGACAUUGUAGAAUUGAUUCUGAUUCACAGGAAAUGUUGAGUGAGCGAUCUGAAUUAGCUGAAUUUAGAUAUAGAGCACAAGAAAGUGUUCGGGAUGUUACAUUUAUAAUUGGAUCUGUGGAUUUACUAAAACUUUUAAUGGAACAUUUAAAUACUUCAACUAGUUGGGAUCAAAUGGAAGCUAUUUUAUUUAUUAUCAGUUCUUUCAUAAAUAAUAUUGUGGAAAGUGAAAAGCUGGUUGUUCCAACACUUUUGGAUGCAAUUCUUAAAUUACCUUUGUCUGGUACCCAUAAGCAAUUGCUUAAAACUAGUGCACAAUUAUUGGGUAAUCUUCAAGAUUGGUUAAUAGCACAAACAAUUUCAGCACCAUCACAAGGAGAUUCUGAUUAUAUGGGUUAA